UAAAAUGAGGUCUAAAAGCUUGGGACAUCGACAUUAAGUAUCAAAGGUUUUUGAAGUACUGUAAUAAUUUCUUUUUCGACAUGAAGGGUUUCCUCAUCCUCGCCUUGACGUUAGCCGCAGUGGCCAUCAUCUCCGGGUUUGUGCACCACGACCACAGCAAAGGGCAUGACCACGAGGUCGACGGGGAGGAGUCGUCAACCUCGUCGUCGGGGGAAAAGCAUCAUCAUCAUCACGGGAAGCACCACCAUAAGAAGCAUCACCACCACCAUCACAAGCAUCAUCAUCACUGGAAAUGUAAUGGAGAAGCCGUAAAUUCUAACGCCGAGCUGAUCAAGGCGAAAAAGGAAUGUCACACGGAAUUUAAAGAAGCCAAGGAAAAUAAUGUUGAAAACAGACAAAAGGGACGAACCUGCAAGAGCUUAUGUGCGGGCAAGAAAAUCGGAUUCUUUGAUGAAGAAGGUCAAGUUGUCCAAACCAAGGUAGAUGAGCUUAUCGAAUCAAUGAUUGAAAGCACCGAAGCUCAAGCUGACAUCAAAGAGAAAGCUGUUGCUUGUGCCACGAAUACUACCGAAGUUUUUGCUGAUGGACCAUCUGACACUAAAUGUUCCAAUUACAAGCCAUACCUUAAGUGUUUAUGGAUGUCUACAAUGGAGGUGUGCGUCAAGAAUUUCGACCCUGAAGAUUGGGAAUAAGUAUUCAAUUUUGAUCUACCGUGCUGCUACUAUUUUAAUACACAUAUAAUUCUAUUUAAUAUGGAAAAUUCAUUGGUUUCAAUUUGCGUGUACUUUGAUUUGGUCAAAAAACUUAAUAAAAACAUGUUCUUUUUAACG